CCACCAACUUAAAGCCCUCUCCCCCUCCCCACCACCUCCCACCAACCUUUACGCCUCCAUGUCGGCAGAUUCCCACUCUUCCCCUCUCCCCUCCUCCACGGCCGCCGGCGUUGGCCUUGGCUACGGCAUCGCCAUCGCCGUCGGCCUCCUCGUUUUAGUCUCCACCAUCAUGCUCGCCUCCUACGUCUGCGUCCGCGCCAAGGGAAAUAACAGCAGCCCCCGCUCCACCGCCGCCGCCGCCCCCUCCUCCACCGUCGCCGGAGGAACCCCUCCCGACGCCGCCGCCUUCGUGGUGGUGGGCCUGGACAGGCCCGCCAUCGAGGCCUACUAUCCCAAGUUCGUCUAUAAAGCGGGCAUGGCGGCGGCGCCGGGGCCGUGCCCGAUAUGCCUGGCGGAGUACGAGGGCGAGGAGGCGCUGCGGCGGGUGCCGGAGUGCGGGCACUGCUUCCACGCCGACUGCGUCGACGAGUGGCUCCGCGUGAGCGCCACGUGCCCGCUCUGCCGGAGCUCGCCGGUGCCGUCCCCCGCAGCGACGCCGGUGGCCACGCCGCUCUCGGAGCUCAUCCCGCUGGCGGUGCACGCCAGGUGAUCUGCCGCUUGGGUUGGCUGGGAGAUGGUUUUAGUCUGAUGCUCUGUUAUUCUUUCUUUAUACUUUAGUUUCUUUCUUUUUUAAAAAAAAAAAAAAAUCUUGGUCACGGUGUUAACCUUACAGAUAGUCGGCUUAUAGUUAGCUCAAAAAUUUUGUUCGCACAUUAAAUUAGAGAUCUACAUCUACAAUAAUGAGUUCGAUCACUUCAGUGCCUUGUUUGAAUCAAGGCAGUGAAAAAACUAAUGAAAAACAAAUGGUACACAUAGAGAUGGGCUCUAUUUGCUGGUUAAAAAUGAGUGAAUAGCUAUAACAAGUGUGGGAACAACAUUUGUGUGAUAUUUUUAUUUUAUUUUAUUUUUUUUCUAAAAUAGAUGAUUCAUAUAGUUCUAGUACGAAUACAUUCAAUAGGAUCAAAAAAAACAACAAGUCACAGAGCAUUUUAGGCAACUCUCCUUCCCCAACCCAUAGAAUGCCUCCACAGUGUCUGGCCACAUACAAAACCAUCCAGUCCAGAACUUCGUUAGCCUUUCUGAACACGUGCUUAACUUGAAAGGCCACAUCGCCACUGAUCAUAGUGACCGGUAAAGCUGGAAAAAUGCGCUAUUCAGUUCAAGUAGCAAGGGAUUAAGUAAUUAAUUCAUGAUCGGCCUAAGUCGAGUGCACAUUGCAUAAAUAGACCUGCCAGCUGCUCCCUUUACAUCACUGUAUGCUGCACAUGUUCGCCGAGAGCUAAAAGCUCUCCCAAACAAGCAGCGUUUUAAACCAAUCUCCACAAGCACAGCCUGGCUCAAGCAACCCAACGUAAUUCUUGGCCUCACCUACAAAGCUUUUUUUGUAAAAGUUGCUUUCCCUUUCCUGACUUUCUGCUCAAACGUUCCUGCAUUAUUUAUUGCACGUAUCACCGUCUCAUUGAUAAGCUCAUUUGCUGAUCAGAGUAGAUAAUUUCAGUCCCCAAAUGGAUCAAGGAUAGCAAAUGGCGAAUGCGUGCCCACAUCAAGCAGAUUUCCGUCCCUAUCUGAUGCAUUCCAUCUAAUUAAAUCACCACAUUCUCUUAUUUCUAACAAAUGACAUCCAUUAGAUUCUCCUACGCACUUACAUCGCACCUUUCAUCAAAACCCCUAGACAGUUGUCUUGUGCCUGUCAUUGAGUUGUUAACCCAUGGUUAGCCUGCUAAAUAUACCAUCAUGCCAAGUCAGCUGGGGUAAUAAAAUCUCUCGUGCUUUGUUAGCUAAUGCAACCAGCAAAGAUAUUGUAUCCCAUAUGACGAGCCCCUUUGAAACCUGGAGGUAAGCGUGGAGCCGAAUGCAGCAACAACUACGUCAGGGGUUCCCAGAACUGAGUCUCCUCGCAUAAUGGAACACCAGACUGGGCCUCUCGAGAACCUUUUUAUUGGAAUGACGACUCUGAUGCUGCCCUCGCUUUUGGCCCAUGGACAGCAACAUAGCCAGGAUAUCCCAUGGAAACCAACAUAAAAACUGGCCCGACAGGAGAGAAGGGGAAGGCCGCCCUCCCCACCAAAUUGCCAUACGCCCAAGUUUAUAUGCGCUCUUAAAACAUUCCUUCACUUGCGAUCUUUAUUCCUAUCACAUGAUCGCGCUGAAAGUUUAUAUCCUGGCGCCAAAUAGCAAGCCAUGCAAACACAACACCACUUCAGAAGCAUAAACCUGCAUAAAUACAGAAGCUGCAGUAGGAGCCCAAGACUAUCAAUGGAUGAGCCAUUCUUCACUCUAAAUUGACACAGUCAAACGCAAUAUAAUACGAAACGAAGAGGACUCAUGUAUGAGUUGAUCCUCCAGGCACAAAUUAGUUCUCAGUAAUUCUACACUUCUGAAAAGUCUUUGUUCUGAUCUUUUGACAGAUAAGCAUGAGAAAUAUGGUUUUGUUCUCAUUCUUAACACAGAGACAGACUGACACCAUAUCCGUGCAGGAGAGGCAUACCACGCACGCACUUGCUACGAAGAAAGAGGCUGCCGGUUGUGUGCAAAAAAUUAACUCCGCUGCACUGCACACCAUCAGAAACCGAUAGCAUCACCAGCCACUCCUUUGGCAUGCGAACCAGAGACAGGCUCACUAUCUGAGAUGCUACAUCUUGCAAGGAAUGCAUUCUACCUCUUGGGUUCCUGUUAACUCUUCUGCUCCAUUGAACUAGCCAACCGGUUGAUGCAGCAGUUAGUCUGAACUCACUUCUAUCCACCCUUCCCCAUUAGCUGCUUCCAUUAAUAUUGAUGCCGGUCUUCCUAUGCCACAGUGGUCAGACAAAUGGACGAGCCAAUAUUCCAUUAAUGUCCCAUCUUGAAGCAUUAAA